CUUUUCUUCCAUCCUCUCUUCUUUUCCUUCUUUUCUUUUCUUUCUUUCUUUCUUUCUCUUCUUUCUUCUCAUCCCAUCUCCCUCUUUCCUCUUCUCCUCCCCCUUCCAGCAGCACCACCAGCAGCAUUACAGCAAUGGCAGUGCAGCAGAGGAAGACGACGACCGUCCACGAAAUCAAGACCGAGAAGAAAGUUGUCGCCCAGGUUGGCAAAACCUGGGGUCGCGAUCGAGAUGUCUCUUUUGGCACCAUCUUGGUCUCGCUCGGCAUCUUGGUCUUCUCACCUCUCUGGGUGUUGUACACAUACAUCUCCUGCAACGGCUACAACUGCGCCAUGUCUGCACCCGCCCUCGAGGUUUACAACGCCCCUGAUCAUCUCGUGGCCCUCAAGACCCUCCUGAUCCGUGAGAUGCCAAGAUACUCGCCCUAUGCCACCCGCCUCUUCUUCUCCUGGUUGCUCUUCCAGGCUGUCCUCUACGCCUUCUUGCCCGCCGCGAUCGGAUACGGCCAGCGUACCCCUGCCGGACACCUUCUCCCUUACAAGGUCAACGGACUCUUGGCCUGGAUCAUCUCGCAUGCCUUGUACGCCGCUGGCGGUUUGUACUUUGGCUGGUGGAAGCUCUCGAUUAUCCAUGACAACUGGGGCGGUCUCUUGUUCGCUGCCAACCUGUACGGAUACUUCCUGACCUUCUUCUGCUUCUUCAAGGCCUACGUCUUCCCCUCUCACCCCGCCGAUCGCAAAUUCUCGGGCUCGUUCAUCUACGAUCUCCUCAUGGGUAUCGAGUUCAACCCCCGUUUCGGAAAGUACUUUGACUUCAAGCUCUUCCACAACGGUCGCCCCGGAAUCGUCGCCUGGACUAUGAUCAACUUGUCCUUUGCGGCUGCUCAGUACCAGAAGAUCGGCUAUGUUACGAACUCGAUGAUCCUGUUGAACGUCCUCCACGCCACCUAUGUCCUCGACUUUUUCUACAACGAGGACUGGUACCUCCGCACCAUCGAUAUCGCCCACGACCACUUUGGAUUCUACCUCGCCUGGGGUGAUUCCGUCUGGCUGCCCUGGUUGUACACUCUCCAGUCCCACUACCUUCUUCGCAACACUGUCGACUUGACUCCUAUCCAGUUCGCUUUCAUCGCCGCCGUGGGCUUCACCGGAUAUUUCAUUUUCCGUUCCGUCAACCACCAGAAGGACAUUGUGCGCUCGACCAAUGGCGAGUGCAAGGUCUGGGGCAAGCCUGCGAAGGUGAUCCGCACCUCGUUCGUGACCUCGGACGGUAAGACCCACAAGUCGCUCCUGCUCUGCUCGGGUUACUGGGGUCUCUCUCGCCACUUCAACUAUGUCGGUGAUUUGUUGAUCUCCUUGGCGAUGUGUAUGACCUGCGGCGUCCAGCACCUGUUGCCUUACUUCUACAUCAUCUACAUGACCAUCUUGUUGUUGCACCGCAUCCAGCGCGACCAUACCCGCUGCAGAGGCAAGUACGGCAAGUACUGGGAGGAGUACGAGAGGAUCGUCCCAUACAAGCUGAUCCCCUAUAUCUACUAGGCGGAUUGCAGGAUCAGGGACAGUAUACUCUCUAGACUACCAUGCUCUUUGUUUUCUUUUCCGUCUUGUUAUAUACACAUCCAUUUUGUCAUUGCUUUUGUUCAAUAAAGAAAAAAAUAAAAUAAAAUAAAAUAUAAUAUACUUCUCAUUUAGAAAGCCUUUCCUGUGCUAUCUUUUUUCUUUAUCUCCACUCGACUUUUCGCCUUGGAGAAUCCGUCUCGUUGGGGGUCGAAGUAUC